UUGCUCGUUUCAGCUAGGCUGCCACGUUAAGAUCCCGCCGCGACCUGCUCCUACUCUACGCACGAACAUGCGCCUUUUACAACGUCGCAAUGAAGAUAAUUAUCGUCUCACAUAUUUUGACGAGGGGACCAUACCUCCUUACGCCGUACUCUCUCACAGAUGGGGACAAGACGAGGAAGAAGUUACCCUAGCCGACAUAACAAACGGCACAAGAAAGGACAAGGCUGGCUACAGAAAGAUCCGGCUCUGCGCAGAACAGGCUGCCCGGGAUGGUCUGACAUACUUCUGGGUCGAUUCGUGCUGCAUUGACAAGGAGAACUACGCCGAACUCUCGUUCUCUAUUAAUUCCAUGUUCCGAUGGUACCGCAACGCAGCUCGGUGCUACGUUUACCUACUAGAUGUCUCUAAGAUUCCUGCUAGCGAGGAUGGGACUGAUCCAACGCCAUGGGAAUCAGAGUUUCGAAAGAGCGAGUGGUUCAGCCGCGGGUGGACGCUUCAAGAGUUGCUUGCGCCUAGCAUAGUCGUGUUCUUCUCGCAGCAUUGGGAGAGGAUUGGCGACAAGACAUCGCUGAAGCGGCAGAUCCGCGAGAUAACCGGGAUCCCGGAUGCUGCGCUUGAAGGAGCGCGUCUCUCUUCUUUCAGCGACUAUCAGCGAUUUUUGUGGAUGGAACGCCGUCAAACGAAGAAAUCAGUUGAUAAAGCAUACGCUCUAUUGGGCAUUUUCGACGUUAGCAUGAUGCUCAACUACGAUGAAGGGGUUGAGAGUGCCUUUAGACGGCUUCAAGAAGAGAUUGACAGACUGAAGCGAUGCCUGCAAGACUUGCGGCUUACCGACCCGCGCGACGAUAAGAAGCGCAUCGAAGACACAAAGGGCGGAUUACUCAAAGACUCAUACCGUUGGAUCCUCCAGAAUUCGGAAUUCGGCCAAUGGCGCAACGACCAGCAGAGCCAACUGCUAUGGAUCAAAGGCGAUCCUGGCAAGGGAAAGACGAUGCUGCUCUGCGGCAUUGUUAAUGAGCUAGAGGAGUCCGUGGCUUCAACAGCUCUUGUCGCCUACUUUUUCUGCCAGGCGACAGACUCGCGCAUCAACAGCGCUACAGCUGUGUUACGCGGUCUACUGUACGUGCUUGUCGGCCAGCAGCCUUCGCUCAUCUCUCAUAUCCGAGCGAAGUAUGACCACGCAGGCAAAGCGCUCUUUGAAGACGCGAAUGCAUGGGUUGCGCUCUGCGAGAUCUUUACAAACAUUCUCCGAGAUCCGAACUUGAGCCGCACGCACUUACUUAUUGAUGCGCUUGACGAGUGUGUAGUUGACCGACAGAGGCUGUUAGACUUUGUGGUCGAGCAGUCAUCUUCGUCGUCAAGCGUCAAGUGGAUUGUAUCCAGCCGUAACUGGCCAGAAAUCGAGCAAAAGCUUUCGACGGCGGGGCAUGGGGUGGGGCUGAGCCUUGAGCUGAACGCGGAGUCUGUGGCUGCCGCCGUCAAUGUAUUUAUUCAGCAGAAAGUAGCCCAGCUAUCGCAGAGCAAUAAGUACGAUGCCGGAACAAGGGACGUAGUGCACCGCCAUCUGUCUUCGAACGCAGAUGGCACGUUUCUCUGGGUAGCGUUGCGGCUUCCCGUCUGGGCUUGA